AUGUUAUCACCAAAUAUGUUUAUUCUCAUCGGUAGUGCUGGCGUGGUGUUAGCUACCUUGAGUGCUCUCUACGUUAUCUAUAAAGCUCUUGAAAAUUUCUCUCCGGUAAUGCACAUUACAUGUUUUAUUGGUACCCUGAUUAUUGAUACUCUUUGCAUUCUCGACCUCCUGCUAGAACUAGGAAUUUUAGAAUUUAGUGAAAAAUAUGCUACAAUCUAUUUUCUGUUCACCUCCUUAACAGCGGUUCUCUCUUGUUAUGUCCUUUUACAUGUUGGCACUAAUUUCUAUCAAGAAUAUAAUUUUAUCAAGACUUUUCUGAUAUUUGCUCCAAUCGCAGUUACUGUUGGUGUUUUUGGAGUUUCUGUUUAUACUACCAUAAUAUUCGUUAUGAAUUAUAAUCCUGAUAUGCCUAGUAUGUCCACUGAUAUAGAUUUAUCUCUUGAAAAACUCACUCUACUUCUGAAUCUCUUGGCUGCUGCGUUAACUCUUGUUUAUGUAAUUUGUCCAUUAUUCACCAUUCGUCGUCAAACAAAACUUCGUCCAGAACAAACUGCCAUAUCAAUAAUACAUUUAUUGACUGUCUUAAUAUUCUUUGUGGCUCAUUUCGCUGUCUAUUGCACGAUAAUUCUCGGUAAUCCAUUCGUCGAUAUGGGUUUUCAAUCAAUUCACAAUAUUAUUUUAUUAUUAAUCUUUCCUGGAUGUUUAAUAACACCACCUAGAAAAUUAGUAAAAAUUGUAAAACGAAGAAUGUUGGGGGUAGAAGAAUUGUUAAUUGGUGGUGAAUUUAGGCCAGAUAUGAUGAGGGAUGGUUUUGAUCAAACAAAGGGGCCCUUAAUCGAACAUAUAUUACCAGCACAUCUUUCAAAUUCACCUAAUUCACAAAUAAAAAAUAUGAGGAUACCACAAGAAUAUCGUGUGAUGAAUUCUGCUUCUCCAAAGCUUAUUGAUAUUCAAAUAGGUUCAACUAACGGAUAUUAA